GGGAGGGGGAGCAAUGUUCUUCACGUUUCUCUAUCUCUGUGUGGUUUUUUUUAAAUGCCGCUUUUAUUUCAUUAUUUCUCCGCUUUAAGACCCAGAACUCCCUCUCUCUCUCUUUUUUUCUUGCUUUUUCUCCUCCUCCUCCUCCUGCCGCUGCUGCUGCUCUUUAUUCUGAAGGCAACAAGCGAGCAGCAGCUGACGUCACCGACAAAAAACACAGACGGACACACACGGAGACAACACACGGAGACAACACACUGAGACACACACACACUGAGACACACACACUGAGACACACGGACAAACACACACACACACGGACACACACACACGAAGACACACACACAAACACACGGAGACACACGAAGACAUACACACACACACACGGAUACACACACACACACGGACACACACACACACACGGAUACACACACACAAACACACGGAGACACACGGACACACACACACACACGGACACACACACACGAAGACACACACAAACACACGGAGACACACGAAGACACACACACACGGAUACACACACACACACGGACACACACACACGAAGACACACACACAAACACACGGAGACGAAACAAAGUGGCGAGCAAGGCGGGAGAGGAUGAGUCGGUGGUGCUGGACAUGAGGAGGAGGCGGAGGAGGAGGAAGAGGGACGACGAUGUAGUUCCCGGCGGAGAUUCUUCAACUUCUACUCGCACCGGCCUCACGCUUUGUUGGAUUUACGUUGAUGUCAGAAGACAAAGGACGCCUCCACAAUGGCAGUCACUUCUGGCCCCAGUAAACUUCAGAGGAUGAUGGACGAGUCCGGCUGCGAGCCCGACUACGAUGAGCUGGAGGAGCGGCCCCCGCCGGCGCGCUCCUGGUGCCUGCCGCGGCAGCCGUCGCGACGCAACAUCAGCGUCCUCGACCGCCUCAUCCUCUCGCACCCCGUGUGGCUGCAGCUCACCGUGAACCCCGCCAAGGCCAUGCACAUCUUGCAGAGGGAGCCCUGCGGGGCUUUUUUAGUGAGAAGAUCAUCCACCAUUCAGAAGAAAAUUCUUUCCGUGCGUCUCUCGAGCGAGGAAGGAUCCUGCUUCGUCAAAGACUUUGCCAUCAUCGAAACGCAGUCAACUUUCUCUCUGGAGGGAUCCAGUAUUAGUUUUGCCGACCUUUUCCGCCUCGUUGCCUUCUACUGUGUAAGCAGGGACGUGCUGCCCUUCACACUCAAGCUGCCGCACGCCAUUGACGCCGCCACGUCCGCCAAGGAGCUUGAGGCCAUUUCUCACCUGGGAAUAGAGUUUUGGAACUCCUCGCGCAACCAGAGGAAGGCCGAGCGUGGCACAGGCGACACCGGUGACAUGGGCGGGAGCCCGUCGGUGCGCACGCGGGCGCCCUGCCAGCUCGCCACGCCCAAGGGCCGCGCCCUUUGCUUCAUCAACCCCCUCUUCCUGGAGGAGCACACGGAAGGGGCCUCGCUGCGCCGCGCCUGGAGCCGCUCCGCCGGAGGCGUCCGGGUCUCCACGGAGACCGGCACGAGCCAACUGUCCCCGCCGCCGCGCCCGCCCCCACCCGUUCCCCGCCGCCGGGGCAGCUCCAACGACGGCGCGGGCUCCCGCAACGGCAACGACCUCCGGCACUCGCUCUCGGGAGAAGGCGACGAUGCCGCAGCCGUCGCCGCCACCCACCGAGCCGGCUCGUCCGACUCCGGCGUCGUCCCCCCGCGCCGUGAGCCGCCCGACGUGAACGGCCACGCUGGCGGAGGCGGCUGCGGCGGCGGCAGCUACGAUGUCCCGAAGGCGCCGAUGGUGAGGCCAGUGCCUCCGCCCAGGCUGAAGAAACUGUCGAGCUCGCCCGUUGAAAAGAAACCGCUGUCUACGCAGGGCAGGGUGGCCAAGGUGGGCUGGGUGGCGGACCACGUCGAUCAUGUGCAGUUGGAGAGGGCCCCGUCAGAAGAGAAGCCCCGGGAGCGGCAGGAGUCGGAGAGCGCGGACACGCCAACGGGUUACCGGGUCCCGCUUUCCUCCGCGCACGCCUUCAGCGGGAGCUGCUUCUUGACGAACGGCAACGAUUCUCUGGCGGACGACCAGGGCUCGGACACUCUGAGCAACGAGCUGCUCAGCGACGACCAGAGCCUGUUUGACUUCAUCGCCGGGAAGGUGCCCGCCAUCCCCGAGCUCGACUCGGCCUCCAUGAGCAGCAUGGAGGAGGAGGAGGACGACGAGGAGGAGGAGGAGGAAGGCAUAUUCGGCGAAGUUCUGGAGGUGGACGAGACCGAGAGCAGCUACCAGACGCCGCCGGCGCUACGCCGCUCCACCGCGCUGGCGCUGCGAGGGAAAGUCCGCUCGAGUUUUCGCAAGUUCAGCGAGGUGCUGCACCUGCUGCUCACGCCGGAGCGGCGCGUCGUGCGGAAGAUUGUGGAGUUGGCACAGGAGAAGCGCUCGUACUUUGGCUCUCUCCUGCAGGACUACAUCACCUUCAUACAGGAGAACGGCAACAACUACCAGAGCAGCUCGGACCUGUUGCAGGCCGUCCGGCAGCUCCUCAACCAGCUCAAGGCCUACCUGCUGCACACCCACGAGCUUGAUCCGCCCAUCGAGUCGCUCAUUCCCGACAGCGACAUCGACGCGGUCAUCGAGAAGGCCCUGCACAAGUGCCUGCUCAAGCCGCUCAAGGGCCAGGUGGACGCGUGGAUGCGCGACUUCCGCUCGGUGGACGGCAGCGCGCGACGCCUGCGCGAGAACCUGCAGCUCGCCCGCGAGAGCAGUCUGGCCGACUUCGGGGCCGGCGGCGUCGGGGGAGCGGCCGGGGGGGCGGCUGGGGGGGCCGGUGCAGGGGCGGCGGUACGGCUCCCCAACGUGCCGGACGCCGCCUGCCUUGAGCGGAUCCGUGUCACCCUGGCGCACAUGCAUGCCACCUACUCGCCCUCCAAGAAGGUGCUGCUGCUGCUCAAGGCGUGCAAGUUCAUCUACGACGCCAUGGGAAGCGGCCUUGGCACGAUGUUUGGGGCGGACGACUUCAUGCCGGUGCUGAUGUACGUGCUGGCGCGCUGCGACAUGCCGUUCCUCGACAUGGAGGUGGAGUACAUGAUGGAGCUGCUCGACCCGUCGCUGCUCAGUGGAGAAGGGGGCUACUAUUUGACAACGGUGUACGGCGCCCUCUUCCUGCUCAAGAACUACCACCAGGAGGAGGCCGGAUGGCGGCUCAAGACGGACGCACGCGACUCCUUGCGGCAGUGGCAUCGCCGGCGCACGGUCAACAACAAGGACCUGCCCUCCUUUGAUGACAUUCAGAAUUUCAUCCGCGUGGCUUUCCAGGACAGCGGCUGCACGGGCAAGACCCUGUCCACGCAUCCGUACGCCACGACGGACGAGGUGUCCCGCCUGUGUGCCGACAAGUUCCGCGUGCCGGACCCGGCCAACUUCGGCCUCUUCCUGCUGGUGGACGGCACGUGGCAACAGCUCGCGGUAGACACGCACCCGCUCAAGAUCAAGGCCGAGCUCCACAGCAAGGAGCGCCUGCAGCCCUUCUUCUUCAUCUACCGCCGCCUGGGCACCAGCCCCCUGCCCUCGCCUGGGCCCUGAGGAGGCCCCCGUCGGGGAGGUUUGCACCACGGAGGAGGCGGGGAGGUAUGGAUUUAAGAGCGAUCUGGCAACUACUCCUUUGACGGCUGGGAAGUGACCCAGCCUGGUUCACGGACCAGGGCCUAAUUGGGCUUGACCUGGAUUCCCGUGGCAGCCUUGCCGGGCUGAGCCAGCGGCCACCAACUGGGCCGCGUGGCUCCCUGUCAGUGCGCCACGUAAGGGUCCCUUUGCCCUCGGAAAAACAGUCGCGAUCUCACGGGGUCAACGUAGAAGACAGACCGGCGAUCGUCGGCGUCUCUCGCUUAGGUCAACUUGCAGGGUUGUGUUUUGGAUUAAAUAACUUGAAGUUGUUUUUAAUACCACAGCUGAAUCCACAGAUUUGUUAAUUUUUGAAACUGCAGUUGUUUCUUUCGGACCGUGGUUGGGAAGGGUGUAGGGGGUUGUGUGGGGGACGAAGGGGACGAAGGGGACGAAGGGGCCAAGUUCACAGACCGCGCGUGGCUUAUGGAACAUUGAGACAAAACCCAAGUGGUCCUACGCCAUCCGUGUCGUGACCCAGCACGGCUUCCCGUCUUGUUUCUUAAGUGGUCGUUGGAAACGCAGUUCAUUAUUCGUGACUCUUAAACUCUACUCCCUUUUUGCGGUGCCCUAUAACUUGACAGAAAGAAGUGAGCCACUGUUAGCCACGUGUGUUUUAACACGCACAGAAUUCAGCAACGGAGGCACUACGAACGCACUUGAAUUGUGACCUCAUUGUGGAGUUCCCAUGCACUUAGAAUACGAUGCAGUCCAGAGAGAGACCGUGACGUCACGAUCCAAGCCAGGGGUGUAGGGGCAGCGUUGGGAAUCGCUCAUCUGCCCGCAGGGCCAUGGUGCCUGGUCACGUGGACAGCUUUGGCGAACGCGACGUCGCGUGCGUUGGCCAGAGUGACCUCGCUUUCAUCUUAUUGGGCCAUCUGUGAAUAAAGAGCUUCACAGCUCAUCGGAUUCCUCCAGUCUAAAUAAAGAUUGUGUAUUCGCGAGCGGCGACGUCUCACGAGCGUCACGGGCGAAGGAGGCGCGUGAGGAUGCCCGUUGGCAACGGCGAGCGGCGCACCGAGUUGAUCGCCGGGCGUUCGUGCACCGUUGCUGUUCGCUGGUGGCCGUAGCUUGGACACACCCCCUGACGGUCCCAGCUGUCAUCACUGCCUCGUUUUUACCCACCGUCGUUGCCGACGUGUCAAUUAUUGUGGGAUAGUUGUGUAGCGCGACACUUAAAUUGCCAAUCGUGAACGCGGUAAUAUUUACUCGUAAGUCUGCAAUAAAAAAGUCCACGAUUGGCUCCGCCAGCAUCCUCCCCUCACCUCCGCAAAUAUUCGUCUGCAUCCUGCCAUUACGUUUUUCAAAAUGCUAUUCCUCGUGCUCCCCACGGUUCUUGUUUACAGUUUUACCAAUCUUGGUUCACACUCAGAUACAAGUCAUUACGACAUCUUUGGUGCAUAUCUGGUGACAACAAUACAAAUGUGUAAACUGUGUGGGGAGCAAGGAAUGGAUUAUUGUCCAUUGGCUGGCCGAGAGCUGGAGCCCUUUGUACUUAAGUGCGUAACAGUGGUAGCAUUUCAUAUUUCGUGGCAAUUUUCUUUUGCUUAGUAUCAGCAGAUGUACAUUUUACCUAUUUAUGGCUUCUUCUGUGGGCCUGAGCUGGCUUUGGAGCACAGGUGAGCAAGAUUUAAAAAAAACAAUUACUUGAAUACGAACUUAGAACAUUUCUUAAGUUAAUUUGAUUUUUAAAGUUAAGAACCUUGCUGAGCAAAGCACUAAUUAUUAAAUAUAAGCUACCUAAAUAUAGAGCAAUUACAAUACUGUACUCUAUCUGUUUUUGUGGCCAAAAUAAGUUCAAUACUGUACUAAAUUCUCAAGUGCCAUCAAAUCUCAUGGAGUGGCAUAUUGUGUCAUUUUCUCCUGGACAUAUGUUAAUCCAUCUCUUAUCCUGUAGCCGAGUUAUUUGCAAAGUAAAAUACCGAUCAUAUCUGAAAACUUUAAUCAAUGCCCUAACUUUUCAUAAUAAAGGUUUUUGGGUUAGAUCGCGUUAUGGAUAAAUGUGUCGCAACCGUCCACCACCCGACACGGCCAAUCAGUAAAAAAUGUGUCACGUUAACAAAAGAUAAAUAGUUCACUACUUUAGCCCACCGGUGUGUUGAAGAAUGGAUCCACAACAUUUACAAUUUGAGUACGACGCUUCGCUGGAAAUUCCAUCCAGCAUCUUCGGGCGAUUUGCCAGAAUAGGAAAGCCAUCCACCUGCUUCCGGUCUUAAAUAGAGCAGCAGGGUGACGUCAUCAUUGUUGAACCCAUCAGGAUUCGAGCUCAGAGGCGGAGGUGGGAGUGUAUGCAAUUAUGUAAUAGAUCAGUAAUCAGCCACUUAGCAUGUGACUCACCUGUAAGGAAUUGCAAUGUGUUGUGUAUUACUUAAUAAUAUGCUUCCAGGCUGCGCUGAGUCUAUAGCUAUCACAGCGAUUAAAAUUAUUUGAAUUAUCAAUUUCAAUUGAUUCUCUAACUAAUCUUAGCCAGUGAUAAUUAGUCCUGCAUAACACUUCAACGUUAUCAAAAUCAAUUGAAUGUCCUUGUUGGCAAGCAUGCUCUGCCACUGCUGACAGCUGUGUUUGGGAGAAUUUAAUGUUCCUUUGGUGUUCUUUUAGUCUUACGCCAAUGUUACGUCCCGUCUGUCCAAUAUAACACUUGCCGCAUAAGCAAAUGUCCCAACUCAGCCCUUGGUUGUAUCUGAAACUCAUAUUUGCUGAGCAGAAAUGAGAUUCAACUCGGAACCAUCAUCACAAUGUUUUAAGUCCUCUUAAUCGGCCAUGAUCUAUCCACUACUGCACGGAAACCUCUUCGUAUAACAGUAAGUUAACUUUUAUUUUGCUCAUGUAUCUUACACCCAACAAUGCAGCCAUCAUUACCAAGUUGUUCUCGAAUUUAAAAACCUGCGGUUAAAUUGCAUUCGGUUGUUGUGACGAGUGUCUUAAACACAUCAGAGAUGAUUUAUUAUAUUUUCAACCAUGUGUUUGUGGCUUUAUUAAAAUUUUUGGAAGACAUCCUAAUGCCAACCUGAAGCAAUUUUCCUCAGCCGACUUGCAUUCUGCAUUUGCAUUUUAGUACCUUACUCACAGAAUAUCAGCGUUGCUGUGCCAUUUUUUAUAAAUGUUUUUUUAUAUCUAAAUGUUUUGUUAUUUAGGCCCUGCUUUGUGAACGCUUGGAUGACUUAUCAAUUUCCCACGGAAUUCAUGCUUUUUUUAAAGUCUUCGAUGGCUCGGCAUCAAGGUAUUCGAUAUUCGUUAGAACUUUCAGUAUCUGAUCGUGUGUGUAUGUGGUUGAUGGUAGAGAAACAUUUCUGAAACGCAGAUUACUCCUGUGGUUGGUUGGCCAUCAUUAUGUUCUCAAUCAUCUUCCUAAACAAUUUCUAUUCACGUGAUAUGACGCUAUUUGUCCACGUGGCAAAUGUGUCUUAUAAACAUUCACCUGCACAAUAAACAUUCACCUGCACAAUCUAUUAUCAUACUGUCUACUUAAGAUCGUGUUUUUACUUGACAUUUUAAUAUUAUGUAUACUGUAUUGAUCUCUUAUAUCAGUGUAUGACAGCAUACUCAAUAUGGCAAUAUUGGCAUAUACGAUGCAUUGAUGUCAUGUAAUAAAUGUAUAUAUUAUGGAUAAUUGGGAUUUUUUUGUUAUCUUGCGAUAUCACAACUUCCAUCAGGUUGGAAUUCGCGCAGUGCACUAACCCGACGCGCCACUUCUCGAUGAAAAAUAAUGAUUUCUUUUUGGGGCAGUGAACAGCUGCUCCUAGCCGUGACACGUGCUGCACAGCCUGGUAAUGUUGUCAGAGCAUGGGGCCAAACUUGGGUAAUCAGAAAAAAAGCCUUGUUCAAAUGUAUUAUGAGAAUGUUCAGUGUUCAGGCAGCCACUGAAAAAGUGAAAAAAACUGUCCAAAAUAUUCAUCACUAGUGAGGCCUGCUCAUAAACAACUGCCGUCGGAAAAAGACUGGACGUUACGGACAAGGGCAUUAGAUCACCACAGUGGCGGACGUUAAAGAAAAAACAAGUGGCUUAAAUUUAAUAGAAUUUAAAUUUAAUAUAAACCGAUAAGACAUCCAAAAGAGAGUGUCAUUAUUGUUACGUAAGAUUGGAGGCAUCACAUCUGAGGUGUCACUGAUGUUCUUCUUGGAGGACAAUUGGUUAAGGAGAGAUAUGAUGAAGUUAACUUUCCUCCGUAAACGUGGAGUUAUCUUGUAAUUUUAAGGCGGGAAAGCAUUCGGUACUUUUAGCGCAGCAUUUACGAGAACAACAAAAAUAAACAGUAAAACCUUGGAUCGCGAGUAGCUUGGUCUGCGAGUGUUUUGCAAGACGAGCAAAAGUUUUAAAUAAAUAUUAAUUUGAUAAACGAGCGAGGUCUUGCAAUACGAGUAGUACGUGUAUACGCUUUGUCUGCCGAGCGUCACGUGAUCACAACUGAUGUACGAGUGCUUUGGAUUACAAACACGUUUCUGGAACGAAUUAUCCUCGCAAUCCAAGGUUUUACUGUAUUUUGGCCACGUCUGUCGCAUCUUAAGUGCCGGAAACGUGAUGAUGUGUCUUGGGGUGGGUUUCUAGAUGUGGUCUGGGCAUACCAACACUGUCAAUGCUCUUGGACAACAACAUGUUUUUUACCCAGCCGUUGAUAAAAAAAAAAUAUUGCACCACUGGUUUCUAGGAAAAGACAUCGUUCCAAAAAGUGUAUUUUUUAUUAUUAUAGUAAAUAAAACUGGCAUAGUCAUUGGCAAUUUAAUACUUCCCGUGCAGCCAACCGCUCUGUGCGUCGUCAAUUUUAUGAGAGUGGGGGGGUAUCGUCAUGAGAAAUGCAUUGCGAAUUGCAUUUGAAGCGAGAGAGAGGGGCUUAGUAGUUAAGUGCGGUGGAUCUGAGAAAAGUCUUGAAUUAAGUGGCCUUGCAGCAUCGGGAAAGUGUCCAAGGAGCCCCCCGGCCUGACUGAUUGCAAUUUCGCAGUCUCCGUCAGGGAUCGUGUUCCUCUUUGUUCAACGCGCCAGUUGUUGGAAUGAUGGGAAGUGAAAAAGGUGGUGGCUUUUUACAGUGGUCUUGCAUGUAUGCACUUCGAUACUUGUGUGUGUGUGAUGUAGAACAAAUAUGAUGCAAUAGUGGAGUAGUUGACAUCACAUCAUAAUGUACUCUAUGUAUUAAUUAGAAUGCAUAAAACAAAACUUGUGAUCAGGCUCCCUGUUAAAUGAUGCCCACUGGUACGGUAUGGGCUUCAUCAUAGGCUUGAAGGACUGUUUAACUUUCACACGUCUGUUUCUGAAAGCUAAUAACUGCGCUAUUCAUCGUUAAUAUCGUGUGUAAAGCACUGUUUUUAACACUAUGUAAUAUUUGUAUGCAAGUAAACCGUUUUUUUU